AUGUCUUGGCUUCUCUUAGCCGUGCUCGGUGUAGCUGCCGUGCUAGCAACCAUUGCAACGUUCGUCCUUGAGAUAGCAAAUGCCGUGACCUCGCGGACAACGACAACAACCGUGCAGACUGCGGCAGCCGUUGCCGCAGCGCUUGAGGGAGCAGUUCUGGGAUUACUCGCGGUUUUCUUCAUCAUGUCGCUUCGACACUCAACGUAUUACGGUCAGAACAAGCUGGGAUCUGUUUGGUUCCCUGCCGGUCUGGUCGCGAUCGUCCUCGCAACAGCAGCAUCGAUCGUGGUUCUGGUUGUCCUGGGUAAGGAAACGGAGAAUGUACCGAUUCUUGGUGGUGCGGAAAUGUCGUACUUGGUUGGGGAUGCCGUUACCGUUGGCAUCGCCUUCACUCUGCAGAUGGUCUUUGUCGUGGUCUAUUUCAUGGGAAGUCGUUUGGCUGGCGAUGACCGGGCUCACUCGCUUCACACCGAAGGAGGUCGCUUCACCCCCCAGAUGCGAGUGAAGUCCAUUGCUUACUCCAAGACUCUUGCUGGUUCUUACGAACCCAAGGAGCGCCUGCCGGUCGACUACCAAAGCCCUCCGGGAUCUAGCAGUGGCCGCUCCAUGGCCGAGACUAUGAGCUCUAUCCGCAGUUCCCUGUCGCACAAGAUCCGACCCGUCGACAGCAGGACUCGUCUGCUAUCGGUUCGAUCGACCCGGUCUGUCAGGUCUACCGGCUCCAGGACUGGCAGGCGUCCCCCUUCGUUUGACUCUUUGGCCCCUGCCGAACAAGGCUUCGACUCUUGGGAUACGUCGGCGGUGGACCCCCAGAACCGCCAAGUCAUCGACACGUCACUGCCGGCCGCCGGCGCCCCUCGAUUCCUUGGUGGUCUGGAGACCAUCCCAGCGAGCCCGACAGUCAGCAGGAGUCCUUCGCCAGGCUAUGCGCUGGAUCUGGAGCCGCCGCCGAAGCGCAACGUCCGCAGGAGUCGGAGUUACUCGCCAGUCCCCCGACCACCUCCUGCCAUGACCCCGGAUGGCUCGACGAGCGAGCUGAACAUCCACCCGCUCUUCCGCACCGACAGCCCCACGCCGCCGCCGGCAGCCACCCCCGGGACGUCGAUCAUCGCCGCACCGGACGUGGCCCGCACGCGCACCGUCUCGGCCAAGUCCCUCAACCGCAUGCGGAGCGGCAGCCUGCCGGCCUCGUCGAGCCCGCUGAGCGCCCACGGCAGCCUCGAGAGCCUGAAGAGCAGCAAGGCGCCCAGCCCGACCGGCGAGCGCCUGUCGCCCCUGGCCACGGAGCUCGUGGAGGAGAGGCAGAUGACCCCGCCGCUGCCCGAGUGGAUCCUCAACGCCGGCUGCCGCUCCAGCCUCGCCGAGUACCACUCGCGGAAGGCCCGGGACAGCAAGGCGGACAGCGGCCUGGACCUCGCGCAAUAG